AAAAAAAAAUCACAAGUAAUUUUUGGUAUGGCAAAAAUGGGCCAUCAUGCGCCCACCGGAAGGUGGAGGAGAAGAGGAAGAAAAGGUCAAUGAACGGUGGGAACCGACAUCGUAAAGAACCGGAUAAAAGCAUGUAACCCCAAUAUCCUAUCCAAUUCCAAGCCAGAUCCGUCAGCAGGCAGUCAAGCAGGGGACUCAUCUACUUCUACCGAACCCCAACACAUCACAGUUCAAUCAGACUACAAAAUCAUCCCUCCCUUCAAAGCUAAACCAUAACUCUCUCCCCCUCUCUUCAAUGGGGACUCUAUCUUCUCUUUGUACAAGUGAAGCUCUAAUGAUCCGUCCAUCAAGUCCAGCCAUUUUUUGCACUAGCGGGUCUGUUUCCUUCACUGGGUUUUCUGUAAAGACUCAAGCUUUUUUGAGAAAGAAACAGACUUUGAGGUUUGUGAAGGCUUCUGUUGCUGCUGAACAGCAAGCCCAGGAAGCUAAACUUGCUCUCAUUAGAAUUGGCACCAGAGGAAGAUUUAAGGUUGCUCUUUGCUGGUCUAAUUGCUUCAACAGAUAGUUGGGAUGCUCUGCAAAUUGCAAGCAAUGAUCCUUUAAGUGGAAGUUCUGUUUGAAUUGGCUAUUGUGGUUUUGAGUUUUUUGAGUCGGUAAAAGAGAUUUAGCUCUGACUUUAGUUGAUCAAUUCAAUAACUGCUGCGGUUUGUGUUGA